UGCCCAUCAGUGCCACAUAUCAGUACCCAUCUGAGCUGCCUUUCAGUGUCACCCAUCAGUGCCACCUAUCAAUGCCAGUCAGUGCCACCUAUCAUUGCUGCCAAUCAGUGCCAGUCAGUGCCGCCUAUCAGUGUGCAUCUGUGCCGCCUAUCAGUGCCUGUCAGUGCUGCCUAUCAGUGCCGCCUAUCAGUGCCAGUUAGUGCUGCCUAUCAGUGCCCAUCAGUGAUGCCUGUCAAUGCCCAUCAUGCAGCCUCAUUAGCGCACAUCAGAGAAGGAGAAAAAUCACUUAUUUACAAAAUUGUAUAA